AGCCUAAGAUAUGAUAUCAACAGCACAACAAAACUACAUUUGUGAACAUAAGCUAGAGAAAACAAGCCUAUGUAGACAGACCGGUGUGGCUACCAACUGAAAUUCAAAACAGAAUCUGGUUCCCCCACUUCUCAACUCAGUAUCCCACAUUGGGAAUAUACUCAGAGAUUACAACAGUCAGUUGUAGAAAGGAUAUCAACAGAGUGUUAGAAAAUGCUUCAACAAACCAGAUGUGCUCGGUGAUGCAGAUGUAAUGAAGUCAGUAUCAGCGCUGGAGGGAGAUUCUGUCUCUCUACACACUGAUGUUAAAAUACAGAGAGACGAUCAGAUACUGUGGACGUUUGGACCUCAAAACACUCGAAUAGCUGAAAUCCACAGACAGAACAUCUGUAUAGAUGCCCCUAUUACAAUAUUUGAGAAAAGACUCCAGAUGGACAAUCAAACUGGAUCUCUGACCAUCAGAGACAUCAGAACUGAACACUCUGGACUUUAUAAACUACAGAUCAUCAGCAGCACAGGGACAGAAGAAAAGAAGUUUAAUAUUUCUAUUUAUGCACGUCUGCCUGCUCCUGUCAUCACCAGAGACUCUUCACAAUGUUCAUCAGGAUCAUCCACAUCCAAUUGUUCACUGCUGUGUUCAGCUGUGAAUGUGAGUGCUGUGACUCUCUCCUGGUACAAAGGAAACAGUUUAUUGUCCAGCAUCAGUGUGUCUGAUCUCAGCAUCAGUCUCUCUCUACCUCUGGAGGUGGAAUAUCAGGAGAAAAACACCUACAGCUGUGUGAUCAACAAUCCCAUCAGAAACCAGACCACACAUCUGGACAUCACUCAACUCUGUCACACAUGUGCAGAACCAAGCCACUAUCUCAUACCACUGAUCGUUGCAGGGCUAGUUGUAAUUGUGGUUUUUGGCCUGUUGUUCUGCUGCUGGAGGAACUGUAAUCAUGCCAGAGAACUGGAAGCCUGAAGGAUCUGAUUAUUCAUGCUGUGUUCCCACACACACACACAUACAUUGUUUAUUACUAAAAAUUGUGUCUCAAACUGCUAAGAGUAGCACACAGUUGAGUACUGAAGGAGUUAUAGGAGUACAUAUGAAGGAAUAUGGAGAGGCUCCAAUGGAAAGCUGGAUGUAAAACCUUUGGUUGGCACGUGAAGAAACACAGACACACACCUCCUCCUGAUGACAGUAUUACAGGUAAACAAAGCAGGUUUGUCCUGAAAAUGCAUUGGUCCUGAAAAUCUGUUUUUAGAUUUAAAAUGCAUUUAUCAGCCUCAUUAUUAACCAAACCUUCUAUU